CAGACGUCCCAGUCAGAGCCAGCAAUGUUGUCCGGUUGGUAGGGAAGCGCGAUUUAACGACGAGUUGUGUUCCGAGUCCUCGCCCACUUGAUACGGCCCCGAGCUCUCGGUGCGGGAGCAGAGCUAUUGUGUGUGUAUGUUGGAUUUUGGCACCGGAUUUGCAGUGCGGAAGUGAAGGAAAUGCAUGAUUGCACGCUGCACGGUGUAGAGUGUUAAGUGGUAAAGUGUAUUAAAGUUGCUAAAAAGUGCUUCAGAAGCCGCAAACGGUGACAACGCGACCGCGGCGGAAAAUCGAAACCUAAUACCCGAAUUUAUCCAUUCAACUUCCACGCCCCCACCCAACGGGCUCGACGUUGGAAGAAGGUUAGGAUCGUUUGUGAGUAAAUUUAGGUUGCCCACUUUCUUAUCGCAGGCACGUAACGCACAGUUGCCGCGUGUCCUUUAUUUGGAGCGCGAGUCUGAGGACCCGGGGCAUGCCCGGCGGCGCUUCGUCGCGAUAUGAUUGUCCAUUAUUUGCCGCCCUGCUUCUCGGUCUCGGUCCGUCUGUGCUUAAUCUGCAUAAAAGCUUAAUGAAGGAAAAAGGCGAACCAUCGGCUCCAGGAUUCCGGCCCGGUGGGCCAUCUGGGAACGGGCAUGUUUAUUCGGAGCAGUAGUGAAAAGCCGGAGAAGUGAAAAUCGUGCCCAGAAAAGUAACGAUACCCGGUGGGCGAGGAGAGUUGGUGGAAGUAGUGCUGAGUGAAAAGAAGGUGGAAAGAAAGUGCGCACAGAAACAGGAAUCUGCGAGAGUACUAGCAUUGCCUUUGGCUCGGUGUUGGCGGCUGGUAUGUAAAUUUCGUUCCGAAGCAGCCGUCGGUAGUAGUGGCGCGAGAAAACGGAACGCACCGACGAGGGAAAACUUCGGCAGCGCGUUAUUUAAAGCCCCGAUGUGCGAAUGCAUUGACCUCUGCAACAGCAUCAACAGCCACAAAAAGGACGAACCAUCUGGCAGCAGUAACGAACUGGAGAAGUACAAAUUCGAUUGAUUCGAUUGUGCACAAAAGACAAAUUCAACCAGUGAUUGCACUAAAGGACCUCCACUAAGACCUCGGUUGAUGUGUGGUUCUGUAUUUAUGAGACACAGCGCAGCCUCCAAGUGAAGUGAACAAUCGUACCGCCCGUAGUGAAGUGGUCAUGAAAUUAAAUUAAGUAUAUUUGAAGCAAUUGAAGUGCCGUGAGCGUUAAAGAUCGCAAAGACAGGAUGCUGCCGAGCGCUAGCGAACCGGUGGUCCGGGUCGCGCCGUACGGCCACGAGUGCCCAUUAGUGCUCGAAAUGAAGGGGUCCACCACUGUCAAGGGUCGAGGGUGGAGGCCACUUUGCCGGUGAACGAGCAGGCCGUGUAUUGCUUUCCAUCUCACACCAACGCGCGCGCGCGCUCCAGUUUGCGGUCCCGGAAGGACGAGCAACGAGCCGUCACUGCAGAGCUGCCGAUCCCUGGCCGGUCCAAGACAAAGGAGGAGGGAGGAAAAAAGGAGCAACAGAAAGCGGAGCUAAAGGACAAAGACCCCAAAGACGCAAGAAAAAAUACAUUCUGGAAGCGAGCCGUACGAUGGAUUCGAGUGUGAAGAGAGACAACAUUAACGCCAACGGCACAGAACCUGACGUCAUUGGGAAAUAGGCGGAAAAUGGAGUGCAGUGCAGUGCAGAAAAGUGACAAAAUUAGCAACAGCCAAGGAGUGAGUGUGAGUAGUGACGAGUGAAAAAUAGCUAAAAGGUCGUGAAAAAGGUCCCGGUAACAAACAAAGCAACACAAACCAAUCCUUUUUGCACAAUACGCACAGUACGCGAACCGAGUGUACAGAAAUACACCAGAAUAGAGUGUGUGUGAGAGAGAGAGGGAGUGAGACACCGCAACUGGGACCUUAGGCAAAGUUUUCGGUGAUAAUUUUCUUUCCCUCCCCGUCUGGUGCGCCGGUGGGGAGUUUGCCGCCGACGGCAGGAAACGAUUUGCCAACGGGCACUCGCUAAUGGUGCCUAUGAUGGCGCUGAAGAACAACAGAUCGCGUGGCCGCCGUCGUGAGGCGGGAGUGCGGGGCAACCGGUGUGGCUGUGGCGGCAUCGCCAGCGACUGUAAUCCGUUCAUUUCCACACCAUCGGCCGUAUUUUCGCGAACUUUGCUCGUUACCUUUCUGCUGAUGACGUUCAACGUGAACGUGUGCCAGGUGGUGGAGGCCGCGGCCAGUGCCAGUGCCAGUGCAGCUGCCGGAAUUGAGCGACGACCGAGCGGGGAUCUGCAGCGGCCCGACGGUCUUAAAAUGCAUCACCACGGAAUUGCGUCAGCAGCGUCCCCGGGCUCUCUGCAGCACGCCACCGCCGGCACGUCCACGGCCUCAUCGUCGGGCUCGGCGUCCGCAGCGGCCCUGGUCGCUGGAGGACUCGCGUCACCGUCGUCCUCGCUGACAGGGCCAGCCGAAAAGCCGUACUUUGACGAUGUCAACUCGCGCAACGUUACGACGGUCGUGGACGACACAGCAGUUCUGAAAUGUCGCGUCAAGCACAAGGGCGAUAGAACGGUGUCCUGGAUGCGCAAGCGGGACCUGCACAUAUUGACGUCCAACAUCUACACCUACACCGGCGAUCAGCGCUUCUCCGUAAUCCAUCCGCCCGACUCGGACGACUGGGAUCUGAAAAUUGAGUAUGCACAGCAGAAAGAUAGCGGAAUUUAUGAGUGUCAGGUGAACACGGAGCCGAAAAUAAAUCUCGCCGUUUAUCUGGACGUCACAGAUGAACGAGAGUUUGCCCAAGAUUUCUCCAAGUAUGGUCCAAACACUGGAGGAAAGCACUUUAUCGGUGCCAUUGGACUAGACUUUCUCUCAACAGCCGCCCGUGCUAAGAUUAUCGGCUCCCAGGAGGUGCACGUGAAGAAGGGCAGCACCAUCUCCCUGUCGUGUGUUGUGAACGUCCAUGCAUCGUCCAUCUCAUGGUACCAUGGAUCGUCGAUCGUUGACUUUGAUUCGGCCCGCGGUGGCAUCAGCCUCGAGACGGAGAAAACGGAGGGUGGCACCAGCAGUCGGCUAAUGCUAACCAGAGCCACGCUGCGCGACUCGGGCAACUACACCUGCGUCCCGACCGGUGCAAUAUCCGCCAGCGUGCCAGUCAAGAUGAUCUUCUUCCCGGCGCGGCGAAACAACAGCAACACCGAGCGAUGGCGGCGACGGCGACGUUCUAUGAAUGCCCGGUGGACUUGGCAACGACGGGCCAGCGAGAUCUCCGAGACACUGAUUGGAACGCACUCACGUCACGUCACGUCGAGCAGCGUAUGCAAUCAACGUGCGCCCACAAUUCAGCAGUGCAAGCAGCAGCACGUUUCGAGUGAGAAACACUGGCAAAAAAGGUAGGAAAAACUUGCAAAACUGAAUGCAACGGGAAGAUGCAACCGGUACAUAAGGAUGGAAUCCAAUGACACGCGAACGAAUCAUCAUUCUCCCAGUCAGUGUGUGAGUGAGUGAGUCGCGGAGGUGAACUGUAAAUGUAUAAAUGUUAAGUUUCUACUUCAUAAUAAUAAAAAUAAUAUUUAAAUUUAAUGGCAUGCCCCCUGCAGUGAGGAAGUGGAUGAAGGUGAGGGAGAGGAAAGAGGGGGGCUCGCGAUUAGUAGGAAAGGGAACAGUCAAAAUGGGCGGAAUGACAGUAAACUACACUAUCUGGACACUAUGAUGUACUGGAUUCGAAGAAUCCUAGCGAGUAAGAUACCCUAGAUAAGUUAGUCAAUAUUUCCCCAUUUUCCCACGCCCAGGAAUGCGGUAAGAUGCGGCCUGCAAAGAAGAAUAAGAAGAAAAAGCAAGCCAGCAUUUCGUUCCAGGGCCGCGCCGAAUUUAAGACUUAAACCGAAUGGGACACGGGACAAGCCGUACAACCGUUGUAAGAUAGGCUAAAUGAGAGACACACAGAUACACGAGUGAAACUGCAACCCAGAUCGAUAAACACACAAAUGCGUAAACAUUUUAGUAAGAAAGAGAAGCAAACAAUACGAAUGAACACCCCCCAACAACAAAAAAAGUGACGAAAAACGAGUUUGUGAAAAUAAUAGAUAUAGAAACAUGGAGUAACAUGGACGAAUUAAAUCAAACGUUGGUGAGAAUGGGAGGCAAAGAAGAGGAUGCAGGGGAGAAAUGUGUAAUUAAACAGUAAACGAACAAAAAAGCCGAAUUUUCUCAAACCCUUUCCACUUCAUUUUAGCAAACACAGCAGAUCGAAUGCUCAGAACAGUGCUACCUAGAGGCACUGGAAGCACAAUCGAUCGAAGGAGACAGAACAUGUAAGGCUAAUCUAGAUCCCAAUUGUAGGCAAUACAGGAAGUCGGAUAAGUAAAGCAGCAGUAAGUAAGAAAGAGCAAACAAGCAAACUUGCUAACGGUGGCUCUAGCACACGAAAGUGAACAAACAGACACAAAAACAAACGAUCACGAACAAAAACCAAACAACAGACAUACAGAGUUACAAAGAAAAGGGUAAAAAACAGAACAGAAACAAUGAGAAGCAAACCGCAAACUACAAACUGAAAUGGUUUUCUUUUGACAAAAUAUUUUAUCCCAUGGAGAAGGAGGAAGCCGAUGCAAAGAAGUAAACGAAACAAGAACAUAAAUCAAAUAAUCUCUCUGUAUAAAUCAAAACAACAAACAAACCAAAACACAAACAAAUCUAACAAAAACUACAACAAUCAUCACUUGUGGAGAGUGUGGCCAGUAGAAGAGGGACACUUGUGCAGAAGUGGACAGCUGGACAGUGGAGGAAAGAGGAAACAGAGAACACAAACCAUUAUCAUCAUUCGUUAAAUGGCAAACCCGGUUCACGUGUGAUGGUUCAUAAACAUUGAAAAUAAACGACUAAUGCGUAGGAGAAAUUGAAACGA